AUGAUAGACGACUCAGAGAGCUAUAAACUAUGGCGUAUACGCAAAACAAUCCUAAAGAUGUGCAAAGAUCGGGGCUAUCUUGUCAUGCCCAAAGAAUUAGAACAAACUUUGGACGAAUUCAAGCUGGCUGUUGGGGAUCCGCCUAAUCGAAAAGAUCUGCUGAUGGUCGUCAACCACGAAGAAGAUCCUGCUGAUAUGUUAUACGUGUUUUUCCCGGAUGAGGAGAAAGUGAACACAAAAACCGUUCGCGCCUAUUUAAACCAAAUGCAGCAAGAUAGUACAUAUCGAGCUAUUCUUGUAUUGCAAGAAAAAGGACUCACCCCAUUUGCAAAGACGCUCUCCUGUAAAUACACGUUGGAGUGUUUUUUUGAGAACGAACUAAUGGUCAAUAUAACGGAGCAUCAGUUGGUUCCACAGCACAAUGUUUUAACACAAGAAGAAAAGAAAGAACUCCUCGAACGAUAG